AUGUAUACUUCUACUUCUAUUACUAAUAAGAACUAAUCCUUCAAGAGAGUUAAAGAAAGACUGGUUUGUGAAGCAAUUGAAAAAGUCGAGAGAUGGAGAUUAAUGUUUACUGAGGGAUUAUAAACUAACAACGGAGAAAUAAUCAAAGUCACCUUGAAUUAAGCUGCCGAAAUAGUUGGAAUUCCCAAAAAAACCCUUGAGGACUACACUUAACUAUUCAAAAAGGUGAAAUUACUCACGGCAGACAUAAAGCAGUUUUCUAACGAAAAGAUGGGAUUUCUGAGAAGUUACUUGAGAAAGAAUCAAAACAAACUUAAAAAGAAGCUUAAAGACUUGAGAAUAAAGGAACUUGAAGACUAAAGGAAGACCUAAGAACUCAUUUAAGAGUAGAAUUUAUUACUAAAAUAAAAAUUACACGAAGACACUGAAACCACAGAUAUUUGUGGAUCUCAUUAAGAAUCAUCAAAUCAAAUGAUAUGUGAUGAUUAAAAUUAUAUUGACACAGAAAUAUAAUGUCUACAGGAGGAAGAUUUAAACUUUUAAGAUUUUGAAAGCCACUAGUAUUAUUUCAACAGAGUGGGCAAUUUCCAAUAGGAAGAAGAUAUUGACAACUAUUUCCAAUCGACCUAAUGACAAAAAAUGAAAUAUUUUUUAGCACAUAUUAAACAUUAUUAUUUAAUGAAGUCAUCAUACGAAAA